GUCUGUCAAUUCCCAGAGAGCAAAAAAAUGAGCCGCCAGUAAUUUCAGAUCUAGAAGAACACGGACAGUCACCGUGGAGCAGUUCUUUCCUUCUGCGAGAGCACCAGCAAACGUCUGGAAUGAGGCAGGGGCCCACUACAGGUCGUGGGCCUGGCAUGGAGCUGGCAGGGCAAGACUGGACACUUGUGGUCUGGGUGCUUCUUUCUGCCUGCCUUGGUGGUGACUGUGGCUUUGGCGGUGACCCCUCCGUGGGCAGCAGCUGAGAGGAUGUGGCGGGAGGUGGCCGGACAGCGCACAGUGCCGGGAGCCCCGUGAACCAGUACCGCUCUCAGAAUGUUGAACAACCGGCUUCACACGCCCAACUUGAUCAGAACCUGGCACUGUCUGGAUGUGAUGUUCUAGGGCCCGUCCCCUGCAUGAGGAUCGGCGAGACUUGCUGCUGAGUGGGCUGAACUGUGGACCUCUUCAACAGGCGGCCGUGUCCAGCACCAGGGGCACAAUCCACCUGCCCAGGGUGCCCGGCUGGCCAGGGGCAGAGCUGAAUUCACACCUAGGCCCCUCUAACUCCAAAGCUUCACACUGCCACAGUUCCCACCCCACUCUGCUGCCCCAAGUGUUAGCUGUCUUUAUAUACACACAUGUUUUGUGGUAUCACCCUGCCUCCACCAUCUCCUCCUUGCUGGAAAAGCAAUAAAUUCUGGAGGCUACUGAUUAAACAAUGGGAAGGAAAGGGGAAGAUAUAAACUUGAGGGUAUGAAAAACUGGGGUGCAGCCAGCCAGAGGAGGACAAAAUGUGUGUGUGUGUGUGUGUGUUUGUGUGUGUGUGUGUGUGUCCAGGGGGUGACCUCUGCCCCUGUGGUUUUGUCCAGCAAAUGGUGAUAUGUAAAGCAGUUAGAGAAGAGCGUGUGAAUCUCAAUCUAUGGCUUCAUCCUCCUCAUUAUCUGGCCUCAGCUUCCGCCUUUGGAGCUGCUCACUAAUGAAUUAACCCUCGAAUCUCUUCCCCUCCACAUGACACCUUCUCGGGUGGGUAGGGCACCCCACAACAGGCUGGGGUGCGUGGACAUUUCCCCACAAUACCCUAGCUGGGUGGUGAAAACAAAAGCGCACUCUAAUUCGUCACCAGUCGUUUCUAGUGAAUGAAGGAGGUUUCUGUUUUACGAAGUAAAGUGACUUCUUAGCUGUUGAUUCACUGCCCACAGGGAGUUUUUUCGAGCGGAGGCUUUUCUAGCUCCAGUAGAAAUUUGCAUACAACUUCCACUUCCUGCUUCAGAGCCUGUUCUACGACUUACCUGGGCCUGGGGAGGGCGGAGGAGGGCCAAGAGCGACCCAAGGUGGAGAGAGAAGACAAGGAGAGUGCGACCACCCUCUCGGCCUGGUCUGUCUGUCCGUGGUGCUUCUGAGGGGUGGGCCUACAGAUAUGUGCAGGAGACUAUCCAACACUCAGCCAGCCCUUCAUAAAGACUUUUGUUGCCAUGACCAGCUGAAACUAGAAUGAACCGAAGCAUUCCUGUGGAGGUCGAUGAAUCAGAACCAUACCCAAGUCAGUUACUGCAAGUAAUCCCAGAAUAUUCCCUGGAAGAAGAACCAGAACCUCCUGCUCCAAAUCCAAGGAAGAUGACACCCAACAGUUUGUCCACACCCAAGACCCUUCAUUGUUCCUCAGGAGACUUUUCUUGGGCUCACCCACCCCUGAAACUUGCAAAUCACCAAUGGCCCAUGUCCCAGCAGGCCACCUGCCUGUGCACUAAAGUCCUGGAGGAGAGUGAAGACAGCUUCUGGAGGAGAAACCCAGACCCAGGCAAAGAUUUUCCCUUGGGCUCCUCUGCAGCCAGUGAGCCUGAGUCUGUGGUUGGAGACCUACCCCCAGAGCAUCAGUUUUCAGUUAUGGAAAAACGUAAUCAAUGGCUGGGAUCUCAGCUUUCAGCAACUUCUCCUGACACUGGCCAUGACUCAGACAAAUCAGAACAAAGUUUACCUAAUGCCUCAGCAGAGUCCUCAGGCAGUAGCCAAGAGAUGGUGCAACAGCCCCAGCCCCACAGGAACCGAGCAGCCCCAGAUCUGCCUACGGUAGACACUGGGUAUGACUCUCAGCCCCUAGAUGUUUUGGGCAUCAGGCAGCUGGAAAGACCCUUGCCCCUCACCUCUGUGUGCUACCCUCAGGACCUCCCCAGACCUCUCAGGUCCAAGGAGUUCCAUCAGUUUGAACCUCAGAGGUAUCCAGCGUGUGCACAGAUGCUGCCUCCUAACCCUUCCCCACAGGCUCAGUGGAACAAUCAUUGUUACUUUCCUGGAGGUCCCAACCACCAGGCACCAUAUGGCCACGACUACCCUCGAGCAGCCUACCAGCAAGUGGUCCAGCCAGCUCUACCUGGGCAGCCCCUACCGAGGGGGAGCGUGAGAGGCCUUCCCCCUGUGCAGAAGGUCAUCCUGAACUAUCCCAGCCCCUGGGACCAAGAAGAUCGGCUUGCACAAAGAGAAAUCUCCCCAGGGCCCCAGAGGUAUCAGGACCAGCUACCUAACCAGCCAUGUAAGAGAGCUGGAGCUCCUGAGGAGUCCUUGGAGUGUCCUGCAGAACUGAGACCACACGGUACCCAGGCUCCGUCCCCAGCUGCUGUCCCUAGACCCCCUAGUAAUCCUCUAGCCAGAGGAACUCUGAAAACAAGCAAUUUGCCAGAAGAAUUACGAAAAGUCUUUAUCACUUAUUCUAUGGACACAGCCAUGGAGGUGGUGAAAUUUGUGAACUUUUUGUUGGUAAAUGGCUUUCAAACUGCAAUUGACAUCUUUGAGGAUAGAAUCCGAGGCAUUGAUAUCAUUAAAUGGAUGGAACGCUACCUUAGAGAUAAGACAGUGAUGAUAAUCGUAGCAAUCAGCCCCAAAUACAAACAGGAUGUGGAAGGCGCUGAGUCGCAGCUGGACGAGGAUGAGCACGGCUUACAUACUAAGUACAUCCAUCGGAUGAUGCAGAUUGAGUUCAUAAAACAAGGAAGCAUGAACUUCAGAUUUAUUCCUGUGCUCUUCCCAAAUGCUAAGAAGGAGCAUGUACCCACCUGGCUUCAGAACACUCACAUCUACAGCUGGCCCAAGAACAAAAAAAACAUUCUGCUGCGGCUGCUGAGAGAGGAAGAGUUUGUGGCUCCUCCCCGGGGGCCUCUACCCACCCUGCAAGUGGUACCCUUGUGACCCCCUCCAUCCCAGGUCAUGGGGCCAGCCCGGGCUUGGGGUCCUGUUUUGACAAGCCCUCUUCAGGCUGUUUGUUUCUCAGUCCCUCCCCAAGAGGGGCUCUGACCUCAGAAAACCUGUCCUGCCACGGACUCUUCUUCUUGAGACCUUGCAGACCCUGAAUUGAAGCGGAGGCUGGGGCUGCACUGUGCUCCCCGCUUCUUACACCCACUGCAGGAGCCAGUGCCCACCGUGGCCCUGCGAACAGCCUGGCAUGUCCACUUUGGGCCUCUUAGAUUUUAGCAAGUAGAUAAUCUAAGCAAGUCCACAAUGAAUGCAAACGACCACAAACACUCUCCUGUCGCUUAAGGCUACUUUUAUGAGUUAACCAGGUGCUUGUGUGUCCUCAGACCAAACUGAUUCAUGUACAAAUAAUAAAAUGUUUACUUUUUUGUAA